AUGCCCCUAACUUAUGGAAUCGAUGAUGAACACGAGCAAUUAUCUAUUGAUUGUGUUGAGCUUAAUAAUGUGGUGUUAGCUAUGCGUCCUUUGAUUAAAAAAUCAAAGAUUUUGGUUCUGCGGGAAAUCGCAUCUUAUAUUAAAAGAUUGAAACAGAAGCAGUCAAAGGCUCCUGGUGGAAAGGAAAAAAGAUUAGGACGUAAAAUUAUUAAUCGGCUUGCAGAGCUGCGACUUCUUAAGAAAUUUAGUACGGUGAAGUUAUGCAAACUUGUUCUGGCCAAUGUCAAUUCUCACGGGGCGCUUGAGAAAGGUGGUGAAGGUUUGACAAAACAGGAGCGCAUCGUCGUUCGAAUCGCCAACCGCCCUGAAAUUUCCUCCUUCGUUAACAGAUUCCGCGAGGAGCACUCCGAUUGGCCCACACUCGUUCAUUACUUACUGUACAAAAACACAUCCGGCAAGUGGAAGACGUCCGAACAGAAACGGCGAGCCAGCAAGAAGAAAAAGGGUGACUUACCAUUCCCCCUCAUCAACACCGACGAGAUUCUUGACAACCAGGGACCGUCCACCAUCCACGAGUUCGCGGCUUUUAAGGAAGCUCACGAUCGAGAGUUGAUCGCAGCACAAAAGAGGCUCAUUGCGGAGGACGAGGAAGUGGACCUCAAAGAGUCCAAGUCGCUUUUCACUCCGCCAAGCCUGGACUUCAAGCAUUUCGAUAAUGACGACUUUGACGAGGCCCUGGCUAAGAUUAAAGUCCCCGUCCUUGAGGCUAGUCCGGAAAUUUCAGGCAGCAGUCAGAGCACAACCCCGACAAACACCCCGAACAAGAACAAGCACCCGAACGAUUCUUCAUCGGUUAAAAAGCACGAUUCUCUGCCCCAGUCAGCGAAAAAACCGGAAGUUGAGGAGCCGACGAAAUCGAGUAAGAAACCUCCAAUUAAAGAUCGAAAAACGAGUCCCAGGAAAGUGGAGGAAGCAACCGUUGUUCGCUCACCUCAGAAGACACCAGAGGACGAUGUAAUUCACGAGGUCAUCGUUGAAGAUGAAAACAUCGCUGACUUAGUCGGUGACGAGGAAGAAGAGGUGCUCGGAAAGGACGAUGUCGAUAUGAAGCAGGCUCUCCGACAACGGAAGCCGAAACCCGGGGACAGGGCUGUUUUUAAGCGAGCACAAAUGAAUCGACGGCAAGUACGCCCGUACCAGCGUGGCAGGGAUCAAGGUUAUGGCCGUCAGGGGAAGGCGCCACGGCCCAAACAGAACGCCCUCGAUUUGAAUGAGCUUCACCCGUCGUGGGCGGCCAAGCGACAGCAAAAGGCCACCUUCUCCACCAAGGCAGGCGCGCCUUCAGGAACCAGGAUUGUUUUUGCAGAUAAUAGCUAA